AUGUUUGCAAAAUUCGUUUUCUGUCUCAGAUUGCUCGGCUUCACUUUAUCCCUCUCCUUUCAGAGGUUGUGCAUUUAUCUAUCCACAAAGAUCCACCGAUUGCGGUACCACUCCGUCCCCGACCCGCGCAACGUGGUGAUCAUCGGCGGCUCCUUCGCCGGGUAUUUCCUCGCCAAGCGACUCUCCGAGUCCCUUCCCACGGGUUACCGAGUGAUCUUGAUCGAGCGACAUUCCCAUUUCCACUUCACAUGGAAUUUCCCUCGCGCCACCGUCCUCGCGGGCCAGGAGUCCAACGCCAUCAUCCCUUACCCGCGCGGCCACGGCCCACGGACCUCGCCCGAGGGAGCAUACGUGUUCAAGCAAGGCGCCGUCGCGGCCAUCGAGACCGGCAAAGUCAUCCUGCAGGACGGAUCGGAGAUUCGCUACGAGUACCUCGCCAUCGCGACGGGGUCGCGGUCGCGGUAUCCGGCAAAGCUCGACGCGGACGCGGACGCCGACACAAAAGCGAAAUGCCUGAGAUUCUUCCGUGAGGAACAAAAGCGCAUCGUGGCCGGCCAGGACAUUGUGGUCGUUGGCGGUGGUGCCGCGGGCGUCGAAGUCGCCGGGGACAUCAAGAGCAAGUAUCCGCGGAAAAACGUCACGCUGGUGCAUUCUCGGGAGAGGUUGCUCAACAGCUUCGACGAGGAACUCCAUGGUAUCGCGCGCAAGGCCCUCGAAGAGCUGGGCGUCCAGCUGUGUUUGGGUGAGCGGGUGGUUUGGGGUCUGGACGGGCAGGAUUGCAGGGAGGUCAGGCUUCGCAGUGGCAAAGUCAUCCAGUGUGAUGUGGUGAUCCAAUGCACAGGCCAAACCCCCAACUCGACCCUCCUCAAAUCCUUCUCCCCCUCGUCCGUAUCCGCCACGUCGGGCGCCAUCCUGGCGGACAAGAACCUGCGCGUCCGAAACACGCCGCCGACCGCCAACAUCUUCGCGCUGGGCGACGUGAUCGAGCUGCCCGGCCACGCUGGUCCGAAGAUGGGCCGCGCCGCGACCAUGCAGGGGUUUUUGGUCGCGGAGAAUAUUGUGCGGCUGAUUCGAGCGGAGCAGAAGCAGAAGCAAAAGGAGAAGACGGAGAUGAACAAGACACCGUCGUCGCCGGCGUUGAACUUGAAGGAGUAUACGCCGUCAAUGAUUGAUUCGUCCAUCGAACUGACCUUGGGCUUGGAAAACAUUCCCAGCCUACCCCCGUACACCUUCCUCGUUGCCUCUCUACACAUUUCCACCUUCCUAACUCGUCUACGUCUCGCCGCCGGCACGCAGGGCAAAAGCGUCAUGUUCAUCAGCGACGGGCGGCAGAAUAUGUCCUUUGCGAAGGACAUGUCCGACGAGGCCUUGCACGCCGCGCAGGCAUGGAGGAUGCUGGAUGCGCGGCCGUUCGUCGAUCCUGGGGACAGCGCAGCAGGGUCAAGUUCAAACUCAGCAGCAGCAGCAGGAAAGACAUAG